AUGGCUCCAACAGGCCAUACAAGUCCGAGAUCAGGCCCAACAGUCCCAAAGUCAGCAAAGCCAGCUAAUAUUAGAACCAGCACUUUUAAUAGCGCCCUUCACGUGGGAAAGCAAGGCAGUGUAAAGUGUAGCGUCCUACCCAAGCAAUCACUUUCUUCCAUUAUAUUGAAUCAUAUUUUCAAACGUACCGAUAUCUGGUCCUCAUCCCGCGAACCUAACGCACCCUGUGUUACUGUUCAGCCCCCACCGGCGCCUCAGCAUCCUAGUGGUGACCAUCCUAAGGCAGCGGAGUUCCACAUUGGAGCAAAACCAGGUCGUCAUUUAAGGGCUUCCGAAGAAUUUGCUGAAGGAGAUCAGCAGGCCCCUCUCGAAGGACUGGCCUCUGAACUGAGAGUUGAGGAUGGUGUAGGAGCUGAAAUUGAUAUUUACGACAUUGCAGUGCUGAAGGUCCUGCUCGAGUCUCCAAGCACCCAAGGCCGUGUGCACGAAAACGAUGUUCGCGCAGUCGUGUUCAGAGACAGUGGGAAAGUAAUCCCCUAUGGCGUCACCCGGAGAGGCCUCCCUGUUAGGAGCAGAUAUGAAGAGCGGAAACAAAACAGGGAAACAGACUCGAUGCGGCAAGGUGGCUACAGCACUCUCAAGGCCUUGGAGCCCGAAAUCAAAUCCUUACGAAGAGUUGUUCGAGAUAUACAGCGGAAGAGAGCACAGGCCAGGGUCAAGCUCAAGAAGAAUGAAGCUGGUACACUUCAAGGAUUUCGAACGGCCAACAAGGUUGAGCGUGCUGUUACUGCUUCGGUCCAGGCGCCAAGCGCCGGUGAGCAAGGAAAUGUGGUUGCAUUUUCCAGCACGGAUUACGGUAUUCGGACAAUGAGUGAAGCUGUGCCACAGGCGCUUGACGAGAUUAGAACUCAGAUUAAUCGGCACCAUGUACCCUCUGGUAGUUACCUUUGUGCUAAUGCUUCCAUUGAAUGCUUUGAGGAUGGACUUGUAUCAUGGGAUACUAAACUGGAUAUAAUUGCUUCAAUGUAG